AUGCAAACCCUAACUACAUCACCGCAGUUAGAAUCUCAUUCUUACCGUCGGUCUCAUUCAACCGCCAACUCGACCAAACCGCCAGUCAUCCUCUCCUCCGAGCCCCCAGACGCCAUCGCCAAACUUAUCAUCGACCCCACGUGCAGGCGGCAACCGAAAGCCUCUACGCAUGUUCUACAACGCAGACGCACGCAAACUAUCAUCAACCGACCCAAGCCCCCACUGGAAAUUGCAACGAGUUACUUUGCAGAUUUUACUGGUCGUAGGAGGCUCAGAUUGGGUCUUCGUAGGGAACUCGUCCCGACAGGCUCAGCGACGGUGGAAGAUGAGCCGUACGCCAAAGAGCCGAAUGUUUCACCGGAUUUUGUUGGUCGGUUGCGGCUGCACAAGGAGUGGUGGUUUGGUCAGUCGGACAGACAGGUGCGAGAGGUUUUCAUUGUUGGGGUGAGUAGAACGGCGCGGAGGGUUGUCAUUAAGAACUGGGCGCAGAGGGAUGGUUCUCCUCAAGGAUCACGCGUCAGUAUUCAUGGUUGUGAGGAGGGGGUGGUUGUUGUUGCUUGGGAUACGCUGAGAGUCAACUUUGAGGAUCCCUUUUUGCGGCCUGCGAGUGGUGAUACAGGCGAUUGGUGA